AAAAAUCACAUAAAUGCUGAAGCAUGUAAGUCACAUCAAGAAUGACCGAAAAACAAAAAAUGCAAGGGGUUGCCAGGUGCAGUUUUAAAAAAACACAAAAAAAACCUCAAACAUCACACAGCUGAAAGAAUUCUGCAUGGAGAAAUGGGAAAACAUUUCCCCAGUCAAUUACCCCAUGUUAUAUACUGGUAGAUGGCUACAGGAAAUUUCUCAUCUAGUUUGUUUUAGCGAAAAACAAAAAACAGCUAUUAGAGCACAGAAUGGCCUAACUUUGUCCACAAAAAAAAUGUACAUGUAUUACAUUUUAUAACUUUUUUUUUACGCUUUAUGUCUUCAGUUAUAAAUGCUUCAUAUCUCAGUACUGUUUAAAAUAAGUUUAAAUGUCAAUUUCUUUAAAUAUGUUAAAAAAGACAAAGGUAUUUAAUGAGAUGUCCUCAUUUUUACAACAAAAGGUCUAAAGUUUAGUCAUUGUGAGACAAGUCUGGCUCAAGUAUUGUAGAAUAAAUGUUAUCAGGGUGGUUGAAAACAGCGCACUCUGUGCUGUGUUUCCUAUAAAAGCCCUCUAUUCAGAGUUUUUUUUUUCUUAACUGUUUCUAGCUCUAUUACUGAUUUAGGUUUUUAAAGCUCUAAACGAGAUAAAUGUAUUAAAAAUAAAUUAAAAUGAACUAUAUUUAAUGAAUGUAUAGAUUGCCUUGAAUUUAAAUGAAAAACUGGGUUAACAUUUGUACUCCCGUGCAAGCCUUUAAUGGAAUUCUUCUACAUAGACAGAAAAGUCAGCUUUAAUGACAAUUUUAAAAAAAAGUAUGCAGCUUUCAUAGCUGCUAUUGUAUUAAAGCUGGCCACCAUUAAUACAUUUUGUGUUAGUGGUAUGUGUUACGUGGGAGAAUAUGGAGCCAGAUAGCUGACAAAAGUAUUUGAAUCUGAAUUUUGUAUAUUUGAAUUAUAUUUACAUGACAUUUCAAAAAAAGGAAUUUUUGUGUAAUUAAUAAAUUUGAAUUUUGACAAUGCAUUUUGUGUUUUGAACUUAUGAUGUGGUGACAUUUGCUGUUGAAAAAAAUUCAUUUCAAAAUUACAACUUGCAAUUUUCAGAUUUAAAAAAUUCAGAUGCAUACAUUUUCAAGUCGCUCAAAUUCAGAUCUCAGAAAUACGAAUUCAAACCGGAGUUCCAACAUCCGGGGCUUCCCAGGAAAAGUAAAUUGUUUAGAGCGAUCGAUCGCAGCAUUAACGAGACACAGCGCCAUCUCACGGCUGCACUCGAGUUCACGUCUGUGGAGGUGAAGCUGAGCAGAUGAGCCGCGUUUGUACGGGAGAAAACUAAGGAUGAACCCCAACGAGGUAAGUGCAUACAAAGUUCUUCACGCCCACAUAAUCAUCUAGGUAAUUAAUUAGAGUUCUAAAUACUCAGUGCGCCACACGGCAAGCUUGAUAUUUUGCGUUAUAUAACGCGGGGUGACUAGCUAGCUAGCUUGUUGGUUGUGGGUAGCCAAGGGUUUUGGUUGGCCUGAGCUGGUCUGAGUUUAGGAAGGCAUGUUGAAGUGUAUUGGUUAACAUUAUAGUUUGUUAAGUAUGCGUUUCCCUGACGUUUGAACGUUAACGUUUCGUCAGUACAAUGGUUGGAGCUAACUACAGUCUGUAAAACAGGGAAUGCGUUUCUAAGUAUCGUAGUAAAUGGUAUCCUGUUGGCAGUUAAUAUUUAAAUGCAUUAGACUAACCUGCUAAAUAAGUGGUUAGCAGUGUGUUCCAUAAGUAGUUCAUGCCACCAUUUGUACGGUUUUCUCAUUCAUUCUUGUUAAACCAUUUGUACUUUCUACAAAUUAUAGUAAUGUUUUGCUUGUGUUUAUAGGGAAAUGCUGAUGUUGUCAGGUCAGCAAGGCACCUGUUGUCCUUGUUGACCUCACAGUCAGGAAGUGCAGCUGGCCCUAGUCAAGAAAAUGCCAGGCAGCAGUUCAUUUCAGUUCAGGGUGAGAGAGCAGCUGUUCAGACCGAGAUGCCCAGGUCCUUCCCUGGGUUUUUUACCAAAGGACGGGGGAAAAAACGUUUUUGUGCUGCUGCACCUGUCCCCUGCAAACCAGCUAAAAUAAUGCCAUUGACCAUUUACCUCCUACCUCACCAAUAUGAUCGGACACCUAAGGAAGAGGACCAACUGUUGCACAUGCAAGCCGGGUUGGGGCGUAGGACGGCAUACAUGGAUGAAAAUGCUACACACGAGGAAAUAUGUGCACAACUAAAGGAACUAUAUCCAAAAUUAAAGGAGCUGACAGGUGGUUGGCUCAUUUACAAAGCCUCAGGAGGGUGGGGUACCCGAAAGCUCACUCUUGUAACACCUGAUGAUGGAGGAUACUGCAGUAAGCUUUUGAAAACUGCAAGUUUUCUCUUCAAAUGGAACUUGAUACUUCUCCUCUGCCACCAACCUCGGGAAGCUUCAGCGGCAUGCCAAAAGAGAAGUGCCAGAAAUGUGGUGUCUUUUACCCGCUUGUCAUCCUACCUGCCCAUAUAAAGUCCUGUGAGGUCAUCAAUCUAGAGGAUGAUCAGAAUGUAACCUGUCCCAUAUGUGAGGAGGAAAUGCCACUUGAUAUUCUGGAAAUACAUGCAAGUUCUUGCACAGAAAGGGUACCACCUGUAGACAGCUUGUCCCAGGCAGGACCAUCCAUACCCCACACUUCUUCAGGAAAUGUCACUCUACUUGCAUGUAAUGCUGAACCUUCAAAUGCAACUCAUGACACAUGCAUGAAUGAUUAUGACUGGAAAACUCAUCCAGAUCCUGAAAGAGCAGCAACUCUUUAUAGUAAGGGGAUUCUUCGCUUUCAUGAGACUGGGAAGCCCUUCUUCAUGAACAUGGAUUUGAGAAUGAGCAAGGAGGAUCAAGACCGAGAACUCCUUGCAUUGUACAAGCAGUCAAGUGUGGAAUGGGGAUGUCCAGUGACAUGUAAACUUCAAGGAGAUGUUGCUGUGGGUGAAGGAGUGACAAGAUACUUCUUUUCAGCACUAAGACUUAAAGCAGGCUUCACUAUUAACCUAGGAAAUGCUGAAAGUACUUGCCUAUUUGAAGGGGAACCUGAUCAUCUGGUCCCUUCAUCAUCCCAAUUCCUCAUUGAGGGUGACCUGUUUCUAGUAGCUGGACGGAUGCUGGGACAUUCGUUCUUACAUGGGGGACCUCGACUGUCUGGGCUCAGCAGAGCAAUUGUCCAUGUACUUGUAGGAGAUUCACCUGAGACAGCCACAGUGCAGAUAGAAGAUUGUCCUGACCAUGACAUACGAGAAAUAAUCAAAUUGCUUGAUGGAGAUGCUGAACUAAGUGAUGAUGAACGCAAGGCUGUCCUUGAUCUGUGUCUUUCUUGGGAUCUACCUGGCCCAACCAAUACAAACAGAAGAUGGCUCUUUGAACGCCUUUUGUGGCAUGCGGUCAUUGGUAGAAGAUUACGUCAGUUGAAACAAAUUCGGAAAGGACUAAAGGAAACCAAGGUGUGGUCACUUUUGAUUGAAAGGAAAGAUGUGCAGAUCUUUCCAAAGGAAAGUGAAUAUUCACUUACGCCACAGAUACUGCUCCCAUACAUACGCUGGCCCCCUGAAAACAGUGCAGAUGAAGACGAUGAUGAUGACUGUCCACUGGAAAACAAGUGUCGCAUCUCAGGAUAUUUUCGGCAGUUCAUUGAGGGUGCAUCCAGCCCUCACCUUAAAGAGUUGGUGAAGUUUUGGAUAGGAUGGGAAGUGCCCAGCGGAGACAUGGCAGUGGAAAUCAUCAAUGGCCUACUGCCUAAGUCUUCCACCUGCUUCUGCGCACUACGCUUACCAGGUCACUACACCAGUUACAGCUACUUCCAGGAAGACCUGUUGAGCUGUAUUGGCACCUCAGAUUUUGGUUUUGGGAUUAUUUAGCUGCACGUUUUAGUUUAGCAUAGGCAAGCCUCUUAAUGUGUGCUAUGGCUUGAAAAUCAAGUUCAGUUAAAUGUAUACACCAUGUUUGAGUUAUCAAGUUAGAUAAACCUGUUUUAAGUAUAAAGUUAACAUACAGGUGCUGGUCAUAAAAUUAGAAUAUCAUUGAAAAGUUACCUUAUUCCA